AUGGCUCUUGGCAGUUUAUAUACAGUCAACUCUUCUUCUUCUCAGGACGGCCCAACUGCUAAGAAACACGCACGGAGGCAGAACAAUCACGUCCAAGUGAACUCACAGGAACUAAACCUGAGUCCAGAUUUCGUGAUCACCUCAACGCCUCAAACACGCAACUAUGUUUUUGAGAUAACCGAAGAGACAGCAGCAAUGGAUGGUUUCGAAAGGGCUGAAGGCUUUUCCGAAUGGAUCAGACGCGUAUUAGUGAUCAACAAGCAAUUUCCUGGUCCACUCAUUGAAGCGAACGACGGCGACACACUCAAUAUCCUUGUUAAGAACCACAUCACACUGCCUGUGGCGAUCCAUUGGCAUGGAAUAUGGCAAAAGGGAACACCUUGGAUGGAUGGAGUUUCAGGUGUCACACAAUGUCCCAUCCCGGCGGGUGCUUCGUUCACCUAUUCCUUCAAACUCGAUGGCCAAUUUGGCACGUUCUGGUACCACGCACACUCUCAAAAUCUGGUCGCUGAUGGACUGAUGGGUCCACUCAUAGUCCAUUCUGUGGAUGAUCCCUUGAAAAGGGGUAGAGACUAUGAUAAUGAUAUAGUCUUGUUUUACACCGAUUGGUACCACGACAGAAUGAGUACGGUAAUGUUAAAUGCCCUCAUGUCUCCUCAGCGAUAUAGAGGGAGUUGGGCAGCACCAUCCCCCAACUCGGCCUUGGUCAAUGGAAUAGGGUACUUUCACUGCGCAUACGCGGAAGAAGGCUCUGUUUGCGAGCAGAGCAAUAUAAAAUUGGAAUUGAAAGUGGCUCCCAACGAGAAAACGAGGUUACGUCUGAUUGACGGCGCAGCGCAUGCUAUGUUUCGAUUUUCAGCUGAUGGACAUCCCCUAACAAUCAUCGAGGCCGAUGCGACUGGGGUCAAGGGUUCAUCUAACAUACAUCGAUUACCUAUUCAUGGUGGACAAAGGUACAGUGUGAUCCUAGAUACUACCAAUGAUACAGUCGGGUCUUCUUUCUUGUUGAGAUCAGUUAUGGACACCGACUGUUUUGCAUGGCUUGCCCCCGGGAUGGAAGGUCGCGCUCGUAGUGUAAUCGCAGUCGUGAAAGUAGUGGCCAAAGAGGAAAAAGGUAGAUGCGGAUGCUCAAGUAAGAAUACUCCUACACACCAGAUCAAGAAACCGAGCCGGUCGGAGGGCCAGUGUACCGAACACGACGCUUGGAAAGAAUCAGGUUUUGGUGCGCUUGUCUACCCAGACCCAACAAACAGAGACCAUAUGCUGCGCGUUGGGCGUUUUUUUGUCAAUGGUGUCCCUUGGAAAGCCCAUAUCUUCAAGCCUUUGCUCGCUCGGAUGAUGAAAGGUGGGAAUGGAAAGUUAAAUGAAUCUGAAGUAGGUUUUGUCACGCUAGAGAAGCCUGGCUGGUAUGAUAUUGUCAUAAAUAAUCUAGACAGAGGAUUAGACCAUCCAUAUCAUCUGCAUGGUGUAGACUCUUAUCUUGUUGGUAAGGGGACUGGUCGAUUGACUGAAAACUCGACGAUACAACCUACGGAAUCAUUGUCCAAUCCUCCAAGGAGAGACACUUAUGUAAUACCGGCUGACUCGCACAUCAUCAUCCGGAUUCUGGCAGACAACCCUGGAGUGUUUAUGCUUCAUUGUCACUUGGGGUGGCAUCUGGGAGACGGUUUUGCAGGUGUGAUCGUGAUGCAGCCUCAAAUUCUAUCAACAUUGGAAGAGCCAGCGCUGAACCGAGACUUAUGUCGAGUCACUGCGGGAAGUAACGCAAAUGAUACUGAGGCUGGAUGA